AUGCGCAGUGCGUCCUAUACAGGCUCACUAAUUAGCAAUAAACAGCAGGUGGAUGAAUAUGAUGGAUACACGUCUGCAAGGUUCCAGGAGAGCGGCGCCUUCUACGCCCUGCAGAGCUGCCACCAGAUCCUCCACGGCGACGCCGGCGAGUUCUUCUCCCCGGACUACCUCUGCUCCCACCCCCCGCUCUGGUGCAACUGGACCGUCCGGGCGCCGCGCGGUAUGCGGGUGCGGCUCUACCUGGAGGACCUGACGCCGGAGAGCGCCUGCGGACGCAAGACGGACCAGGUCCACCUGGACGAGCCCCCGGCGCCGGGCGCGGAGAGCCGCGUCCUGGAGCGCUGCUGGAGGAGCGCCGUGUUCACCUCGGCGUCCGACGUGGUCCACGUGGUGCAGCUCAUCAGCCCCAACCCCGAGCCGCCGCACAGGGGGUUCUACGGGGCGUACCGGGCUCUCGGGACGGCGGAGAUCCCCGCGGUUCAGUCCGUGGAUCAUGGCGAGCAUGUACCACAGGCGACAAAUGACGAAGAAGAAUCUAAACCAGACGAGUCUGAUACACUCCCCGGAGAGCAAAGCAUCUCGAACGAAUUUCCUCCUCAGACGGAAAGUCUAGACGACGCUCACGCGGAGCGUUUGAAUCGAAUCGACCCCUGGACCAAUCAGAGAUCAGCUCUCACUACAGCAUCGUGGAACGAAAAUUCUGGCGAGAUUCGUAAAACCAGGGCGAAAUCUGGCAACCCCAACCGGACGAGCGACCCAAACCCCUUUGCUCCGCCUCAUUCUGCCACGCCCACGUCCGGCGGCGUCACACUGCACAGACACGAGCUAGAACCGGAUCCAACGUGGUCGUCUACCGCACGCCCUACCGCCGCGGUGACGUCCGCCUCGGCGGUGAGCGAGAGCGCUGGAACGUCAGAAGAGCAUGAUGGGAGUUCUCCUGGGGACGGAACGAAAGCAGCCAAAAGGAGAAAGCAGUCGAACAAAAUAAAAGACGAAUCGGCUCCGGUUCAGAACCGCAGACCGCUCGGCUCGAACCCUGCGGCUCCCACUCACCCGACGCGGCCCACAUCUACACACGCCCCGUCUUCUAACCGGGCGGAACCGGAUCUCGCUCGCUCUCCCGAUGACCCUGCUGCAGCCACGGCGACGUCCGCCUCGGCGAUGAGCGAGGGCGCUGGAGAGCAUGAUGGGAGUUCUCCAGGGGACGGAACGGAAGCAGCCGAAAGGAGAGAACCAGAAAAAUCCCUCCCGGUUCGGAAUUCCAAAAGUGCACCUAAACCCCCACACCUGCCCGGAGGUGUGUUGCUGGAGGUGACGGUGGAGGUCCGUCCGGACGGCGGUCCCAAACGCGACUGGGAUGACGUCAAGAGUCCGUACGCAGCUGCCGUGGAAGCCAUGAUCGUAAAAUCGGCGGAGAAUCUCCACCUGAAGAGCAUUUCAUCCAAACGAUCUAAAAGGUUGAGUGAAGGAGCGCUGUUCAUCGUGUGGGUGCAGUUCGGUGAGGCCGAAGACGACGGCCACACCUACGCGGUUCUCCAGUCCGGCCUGCUACGGCUACAGGGACGAAGCGUCGAGCCUCCCGACGUCACCGGCCGCCUCGUCGUCCUGUCCGUCUCUAUAGAAGAUAUCGACGAGUGCCGGACCCGGCUGGCGACGUGCGACGUCCACGCCGAGUGCGUCAACGAGUUCGGCUCCUACUCCUGCCUCUGUCUCCACGGUUACAGUCCCGGCCUGGGCGGGGCCGUGUGCGUGAAGCCUCACAGCGACGACUGCAGCAGGACGUCGCUCCUCCUGUCCGUCCUGUGUUUCCUGCUCUGCACGCUGACCGCUCUGGUUCUAGCCGCGCUGCUGCUGCUGUACCGCCGUUACCACCGCGGCAGAUUCCUCCCUCGCUGCCCGUACAGCAGCAGUACCAGCUUCACCGCCACCGACAUCGACAACAACCACCCCGAAAGAAACGUGGGCUCUUCCUCCGGACCGCCUCCGCCCGCACCAACGCUCCAUCUGCUCCGCUUCAGCUCUCUGACUCCCCCUAAAGGAUCGGAGGGGAAACCACCGGCAGGGAAACUCUGAACGGGUUCGACGUCUACUGGAUCACCGGGUUUAACUUUAUUUAUUAUUAUUUAUUUUAUUUACGUGUCGUAAAUCAUUGUUAAAUGAUCAAACGUGUAUGUGAUAUAUUUCUGUUAAGGAAUUAGGAUUCCUUGUUUGUGAUAAAGCGCUAGCUUUAGCAUUCGUUUGCUAAUAUUUUUGGAUGUUUUAAGUUCAUGUUGAUGUAUUAUUGUCGCUUACAUAAAGAGUC